AUAAAUAUGAAUAGGGUAAUUUUUUUUUUAUUUAUUUACCUUUAUUUCAAAAUGAUAUACAUGUUACAAAUAUGGAAAUAAAAAAAAAUUUUUAUCUUCCCACAUGAAGUGAAACGAAAUAAAAUUUUUUCAAAAUGUGCUGAUUUUUACAUAUAUGCAUGUGUUUCAUAUACUUUUGAUUUUCAAUUAUCGCAUUAUUUUAUUUUUUUUAAUCGUAUUUGUUUUCUUUCAUUGAUUUUGAUUAUUAAAUGUAUUAAAAAUAUGCAAUCAUUUGUUUGCCACGUACACUCAUCAGAUUUAUUAGUUUCCUUAGCUUUUGGUAAUUUUUUCCACCUUUUAACGGCUUUAAAACUUUGGCAUCAGUAUCCUAGUAAAUGUUGGGCUGUUCACUUCUUUUUUGGGCUUUAUGGUCUUUUUGUUUCUUUCUUAUAAUGCCAUGCUGUUUCAUCAUUUUUUUCCAUCACUGUUUCAUCUCCUAUCAUUCUUUUUCUAUCUCCAUUUUAUUCCAUAUAUUCUUUCAUCUCCAUUUCGUCCUAUAUCAUUUUUUCUAUCACCAUUUCAUUCUACACCGCUUUUUCAUCAUCAUUUCGUCCUAUCAUCACCAUUUCAUCUCCUAUCAUUUUUCCCACCACUAUUUCGUUGCCUAUCAUUCUUUUUCCAUCUCCACUUUGUUCCACAUUAUUCUUUCAUUUUUCAUCUCUAUUUCAUCCUAUCUUUUUUUUUUCAUUGCAAUUUUGUUCUAUAUCACUUUAUCAUUAUCAUUCGUUCAUCCACCAUUUCGUCUUAUAUCAUUAUUUCUAUCACCAUUUUGCUCUAUAUCACUUUUUUGUCAUCAUUUCAACCUAUACCAUUCCUUUAACUACCAUUUCGUCUCCUAUCAUUUUUUUCUACCACCUUUCGUUCUAUAUUGCUUUCCAUCAUCAUUUCAUCCCAUAUAUACUGUUCUUUUCAUUACUAUUUCAUCUGAAUCAUCUCCUAUUGUUCUUUUCCAUUACCAUUUUGUUUUAUAUCACUUCAUCAUUAUCAUUUCGUCUCCCUUAAUCACCAUUUCAUCCUAUAUAUCACAAUUUCAUUCUAUAUUGCUUUUUCAUCAUCAUUUCAUCCCAUACUGUUCUUUUCAUUGCUAUCUCGUCUCCUAUUGUUCUUUUUCCAUUACCAUUUCAUACUAUUGUUUCUUAUUACUCUUUUUGUUCUUUAUUGUUCUUUCUUAUUCUUUAUCACUCAUUUUGUCCAUUAUUAUUUAUUUGACUGGGGUGUUCUCAAAAAUUAAAGAUGUACGCAAUUUUUUAGUCGUGUAAAAUUACAUAAAGUUAAAUAAAAUAUUUAAAUUAGUUAUUGGUUAAUUAUAAUCAUGUGACACCGGUGCUGACCACCACUCCACCAGUGGUGAUAAAUAACAAACUUC